ACCAGAUCACGUUUCAAUACUGCGUGGGACACAGCUCCUACGUUUCAUUAGCCAGCUCAUAGAAAAGGUCCUCGAUAUAUUGGUAACGAAUCAAAUAUAUCUUUCCUGCCUCUUCUCGUUUGACUUCUGAUUUUCUAUCUGACUGGUAACAACCGAAUUUAGAAGGUGCUACUGGUAUCUAGUUGUAAAACUAGAAUAUCCGUUGCAUCAUCAUUGGUGAACCCGACGUGAUCUGGUACACCAAGUCAAUAUACUGACUAUAAUGGAUCCGUUUAUCUCUUAUUGAUAUAUGUUCAUACUGUAUGGUUUGCUUCGCUAUUGCCUUAAUUCACAAGAAUUAUAAGUAAAGAUGGAUCGUGGUUAAUAGUGAAAUCCAAUUUGAUGUGCGUUUCAUCCUAUUUGUGACUCGUCAGACGGAUAUCCUCGCAUCUCAGAGUUAAUGUUCAACUAUCCAUCUUUGUUCAUAAAAUCAAUCUCAUUAGUUUUACUUUCAUAUUUUUUAGAUCCAGUUGAAAAACAUAAAGAAAGUUAUUCAACAGAAUUGAAUAGUAACCAAAUUAGAAUAGAACCAAAUCAACAAGUAACCAGUAUCGGUUUUUAUAAUAAGGCAAGUGCUAUAGCUUUGCUACAACUAUUAAUCAUAUGGGGAAUGAAUCUUCCUUUUAUAUUAAUUGAAACAUUGAAGGAAUGGUUACGAUCUACAAACUGGUUUGUUGGGCUAUGUUUCUUUUCAGGACUCUUCAUUGAUUUGGAAAUGGCUCUCGUACCACAAGUACAAUUUAAAUUUCCAUGGAACUACAUACUAUUGGUAUGUAAUUCGAUGAUUAUCUCGAUCCCAGCUUCAAGGUCACUUUCUGAAUUGGACAUUAUAUGGUUUCCAAGUAGUUGGGGUAUUACAUUGGGAAUUACGUUACUGACUUUAUUAUUCGGCGGAUUAAAACGAUUCGAUAUAAAAAGAUCUUUCAAUAUAUUCUUCAUUGUUAUAUUCACUUUACAAGCAGUAGUUUAUGUAGUUCUCAUUGUAUUGAAUCAUUUUCAUUGCUUUAAUGUAAUCUUGAUUAUUUCUGGAUUUGGAAUGCUACUGACAAUCAUCUAUGAAUUGGCAAUUGCAACUCAAGCAAUUUUUCCAGGUUCGGUUCGAUUCGGUUUUCGAGAUGAUCAAUAUUUUCUAUAUGGAUUAGUACUUGCAACAAUAAUGAUUUGGAUGAAUAUGAUCAUUUCAAGUGAAAUAUCACUUAUUCAACAUGUAUCCAAGAAUGUAAACCAAUGUUUUCGGAAGGAACAAAUGGAUAUGUAGUUGUCUAUACACAUUCAUUGAUGAUUGUCCAUGAGUAUUAUCUUUUGUUAUAUGGAACUGUUAUUGGGAUCACAAGAUCAUUUACAGUUAAUUUGCAAUACUAAAAAUUGUAACCAAAAUUGCUUUCUUCCUAUGUGAUUCAUUAAAUGAAUUUUCUCCUAUACAUCUAUAAGCGAUGUUUCUAUUGCGGCAUAUACGAAGUUAAACUAUUUGGUUUCAUUCUGCUUGUUCUAUCAUGAAUAUAAAGUUUUCCCAUU